AUGCCACUCACCUACAAAUCCGACCUACGACGCCCUUACUUCCCCGGCCAUCGUUCCAGUUACCUAGAGCUCAUCCCCGAGGAAGAGCUCGAGGCCUUUGCCCGUCUCGAAGACAUCGACGCGCCCAGAAAGACCAACAAACCCAACGAUAUGACACAAGAGCUCGACCAAAUGGCUGCUGCAAAAGAAGAAGACCUGAAGCCGCCCCCGGACGGGGCGAACAAGGGUCAUGGACGCACUCCCAGCGAUUCGCUCAAGCCUGCCGAAGACUACCUGUCUGCUGGCGGCUCAGUGAGUGGGCUGAGCACUCCCGGUACGCCUGGAUAUCUGUCGCGGACUAAUAGUUCGUCUGAUGUUGGGAGCACCUUCGAGUCGUUCGGCAACGAGAACUUCCCGCCCGUCGAUCGCUUGACCAUGUUCGAUAUAUUGGAGAACUUGGCUCUGCCGCAACGGCUCGAGAAGAUGCAAGAUGCGAUCCAUCACAAUGCAGAGAAACUGAGGCGGCAGAGGGCAAAGCUUGCGUCGCGUGCGCUCUCAAGCAAGAACAACAUCGUCGACGAGUGGAGGAAACGUGUCCAUGUUGCUCCAGAGGAAAGGCUUGACAAGUAUCGCAAGCGUGUCAGGCUGUCGGUCGAACGUCUGAACAGGCGAUGGAACGAUGCGAAGACCGUGACGAUGAUGGAGAAGGUCUCCUUUGUGACUGCCGUUCUCAACAUCUUCAUUUCUGCCUACAUGAUCGGCGCAUACCCGGAGUACUUCCACUAUUGGUACACCAUUCAGUUGAUCUACUUUAUGCCAAUCCGGUGGUACAAAUACCACAAGAUUGGCUUCCACUAUUUCCUGGCGGAUCUCUGCUACUUUGUUAACAUGCUCCUCGUUUUGACCAUCUGGUUCUUCCCGCAAUCGAAACGCCUUUUCAUCAGCACAUACUGUCUGGCGUUUGGCAACAAUGCUGUUGCAAUUGCCAUGUGGAGGAACAGCCUGGUCUUUCACAGCCUUGACAAGACGACGACGCUGUUCGUCCAUAUCAUGCCUUGUGCAACGCUACACGUCCUUGUCCAUCUGAUUCCUGAGUCAAUGCAACUGGAAAAGUUCCCAGCAAUUCACACCAUCAAGUACUCAGCCCCGGACGCACCCGAGCAUUACAGCCUGGUUGAAAUGAUCAUCUGGGCUACUCUUCCCUACGCUAUCUGGCAACUAUCGUACCACUUCAUGAUCACUGUGCGCAAACGAGCCAAGAUCGCAGCCGGACGACCAACAUCAUUCACUUGGCUGCGCCGAAGCUAUCGUGGGAACUUCUUGGGCAAGUUCGUCCUGGGGUUCCCGGAUCAAUAUCAGGAGACGGUGUUCAUGUGUAUCCAGUACCUCUACGCCCUUCUGACGAUGCUACCAUGUCCCAUCUGGUUCUGGUAUCGAUGGGCGUCAGCCUCGUUCAUGAUGAUUGUAUUCUCACUCGCAAGUUGGAACGGCGCGACCUACUACAUCGAUGUCUUUGGACGCAGAAUGGAGAAGGAGAUGGACCAGCUUCGCAAGGAAGUCGCUCGCAUGUCCAAGAGUCCAGAUAUUACAGGACAAGAUGGCGUUGCAGUGACGAGCCCGUUUGCUUCUCCAGCUGGACCCACUGGAUUGGAUAGCACUUCAGCCGCGGCAACGACUGCCUUGGAUCUGGGGCCGGCCGCAGACGCGAUGACCCCGAACAUCGACGGCAGCCUUCACCAACGUGGCAAAUCGACAGACACCAUUCCACCGUUGGACUCAGCCACCGAGUCGGUGCAGUCCGUGGACUUUGACGAAACACCUGCACCGACUCCCGGACUGGAGCUCAAUCGCACUAUAGACGGCGGUCUCGCGUCCCAUAGCGACAUGGUCGGGCAUGCCGCCAACGGCAAAGCAACUGGGCCAGAAGACAAGAAGAACGAGUAA